AUGCCACAACUAAACCCCAACCCUUGAUUUGCAAUUCUAGUAUACUCCUGACUACUUUUAUUAGCUAUUAUCCCAACUAAAGUCUUAAACCACACCUCACCAAACAAACCAACCCCAGUAAGUGCUGAAAAACACAAAACUGGGCCCUGACACUGACCAUGAUAG